AUGAUACCAACCGCCGUAAUGGGAUUCCUGUUGGAUAUUCUGGUCUACACUGCCCUUGGUGUGCAUGUAGUCGCAGCCCAACCUGAUCAAGAACUGCGAGGUUCAGCAACCGAGGAGCUUCCACAGGCGGUGUCGUGCGUCACGAUCCCGUCACCGUACCCAAAAUGGUCCCAGCUUCCGCAGCAGACGACUUUGCCCGACCCCUUCCUACCCCUUGCAUUCACAACGACCGAUAAUGCAGGGGGCCAGUCGGCCUCUGAAUUUGCACAGGAUGUCAUGACAGGCAGGGGAAAGAACAGAAUCCAGACGCCUGAGGAAUGGCACCAGUGCCGGCAGCCUGAAAUUGUCCGAAUGUUGCAGGAAUAUCAGUACGGGUACUACCCAGACCACUCUCAGGAAACUGUGACGGCCACUCGCUCUGGGAACACCAUCGGCAUUUCUGUGACAACAAGUGGAAAGACAGGAAAGUUCUCAGCGGCGGUCAAGCUGCCUACAGGGGCCAGCAGGUCAACCCCGGCGCCUGUGGUUAUCAACAUCGGGGGGAUGUUGGACCAGCCCUACCUGCAGGCUGGAAUCGCCGUCGUGGGGUUUGACUACACAACUGUGGCGGCAGACAGCAACAGCAAGACCGGUGCAUUCUGGAGCCUUUACAACGGAAGGGAUAUUGGCGUACUCACCGCGUGGGCCUGGGGCUUCCACCGCACGCUCGACGGUCUGAACCUUACCGUCCCGGAGAUCGAUCCGACGCGCGUUGGCGUGACAGGCUGCUCCAGACUCGGCAAGGGGGCCUUAGCCGCUGGCCUACUUGACAAGCGCAUCACGCUCACGAUGCCAAUGUCCUCUGGAGUACAAGGCCUUGGUCCGUACCGCUACCACGGCAUGAGCGGGCAGGAUGAGACACUAGAAAAUAGCAAACAGGGCGCGCCGUGGUGGAGCAACAACGCUCUGGGGACCUUUGUCAACCAUGCAGAGUGGCUGCCGUACGAGGCGCAUACCAUCGCCGCCGCUAUCGCGCCGAGAGCCCUGGUGAUUGACCAGGGAACUGGUGACCAGUUUACAAACUCAAAAGGAACCGCGGUGGUUGUAUAUCCUGCUGCGAAAGUGGUCUAUGACUGGCUCGGGGCAGAGGACAAGAUCGCCAUGAGCGUGCGGAGCGGCGGCCACUGUGACAUGUCUGGAUACUCUUCUGUCCUGCAAUUUGCGCAGAAGAUCCUGCUGGGCAAGAACAUAACCCAGGAUUAUAACAACCUCGGAUCAUACGGCCCCCCUCUGACUACGACAUACCCAUGGGCGACUGCCGUUCCCAAAGCAGUAUAA